GUCCUGAUUAAAUCUAGGUUAAGUCCUGGUGAAUUACUGCUUUAUACCCGGUUUAGUCCUGGUUUAGUCCUGGUUUAGAUCUAGUUUAGUUCUGAUUCAUGCUCAUAGAAGGCCUUAGCCCAAAACUACUUGGUUUGUUGAACAUUUCCUACUUAGCUCUCGGUUUGUCUCAGUUUGAACUUGGAAACAAAAGCAGCAGUGCCAUGAAGCUCCAUCCCCUCACACUCACCCUGAUGAUGCUACUCAUGGUAAGACACUUCUCAGAGAUUUUUACUGAAUUGUAAGGUUGUACUUUUACUGUAGUCUUACUGUCUCUGCAGAUGGGCACAUGGGCACAGGACGGUACAGACCAGGAGGGCACAGACCUGCAGGACACUGCUCAGACCAACUCCACCCUAGAUGCAGAUGAAGAAAGUGUCAGUGAAACCAUUGCCAAAGUCAACCAGAAAAUCAACCAGAAAAUCGAGUCUCAUCUGAUGGAGGGUGACAUUGCUGUGGACAAACAAAAAAUUCUGAGAAACGCUGUUGUGUGCCGUAAAUGUAAAUGGCCCAAAUCCAGGUCAAAAGUCAUGAUCCGGUAUUGCUUUGACCACAGCUACAAUUACUAUCAGAAGAGUCUGAUCCGCUCGGCCAUGAAGACUAUUGAGUCUCGAACCUGUGUCAGGUUCAAGGAGUUUAUUUAGACACCACCUGUACAUCUUCUCUGGAAAUGGGUAAGUGCACAGAGUACACAGGGUACACACAAGUACUACAGUAAGUACUACACAAGUACUGUAUCAAUUGGCCAACUUCAACAACCAAAGCGUUGGUUGGUCAGAUGUGUUUUGCUAAGCAGGGCUGGGCCUGGUCAGUACUGGAUGGGAGACUACAGGGGGCACAUUCAGGAUAAUGUUUAGCAUGACAGAUGUCAUUUGACUCACACUGGGUAAAGGCACAUAUCUGUACAUGUGUUCUCAGGUGCUGGUCGUACAUUGGGAGGCAGAGAAGGAUGCAUAAACAGAAACUGUCUCUGUCUAAAAAAGGCUGCCUCAACCCUGCAACAAUCCAACAUGAGCUUCUGCACGCGCUCGGCUUUGCCCACGAACACACGCGCUCUGACCGUGAUGACCAUGUGACUGUCCUGUACCAGAACAUCAUAUCAGAUAAAAUAAGCAACUUUGCAAAGCACAGGACCAACAACCUGUACACACCCUACGACUUCAACUCCGUCAUGCAGUACCACAAUUAUGCGUGGUCUAAAAAUGGACACCCCACACUUCUGUCAAAGAAAAACCCAACAAUGCGUUUUGGACAUGCAUCUGGAGUGAGCCAUUACGACAUUUUGAGAGUGAACCGCUACUACAGGUGCUGAAACUGUGAAAGCACACAGAAAUGACCUGAAGCA